AUGUUUUCUGAAGAUACAGUUGAAAACAUUGAAUUUUUUGAGUUCUCUAUAAGCAGUGCUUCUGUAAUUAUACAUGAAAGUAAUGAAGAAGAAUUGGUUUUAGAUAUACAUGAAAGUAAUGAGGAAGAGUUGGCUGUAGAUACGCUUAAGAAUAAUAAUAGAGAGUUAGUGGAUACGCCAUUUAUUGGUAACAUAUUAGGUUCCGAAUUUGAAAGCUAUAAUGGUGAUUUGCUCUUAAUUACUGCUUCUAUUGAGCUUGGAGUUGGAAGCAAAAAACAAGGAUGUAUGUGGCAGAUAAAUAUAACACGAAUACCAAAUUCUCCAAUAGUAACAGUAAUGUUGUUUAAUAAUGAGCACAAUCAUCAAAUCAAUAUUGAAACUAUGAAGUUUGCUGCUGCAUAUAAGAGUUUUACUCAAGAGAUCAUGGAACAAAUUGAUACUAUGUUGUAUAUGGCAUGUGAAAUUGCACCAUUGACAUUUGUUACAGACGCAGACCCAGCAAUGAUCGCAGCUAUCUCUAUUGUGUUUCCUAAAACUCACUAUAUGCAAUGCUUAUAUCACCUUUAUCAAAAUCUUAAAAAGAAUCUCCGUUCAUGUUUGGGUUCACUUUAUAAAGAUUUUCUCAAGGAUUUUAAAAACAUUCAACGUUCUUAUUGUGAAGAAGUAUUCGAGCGAAGAGCUCAAAGUCUUAUAAAAAAAUAUGCACCAGGAGAAAGAUACAUAGCUACAAUGUUAUUAGAUCGGAAACAUACUUGGGUAAAUUCAAAAGCUGUACAAUCAAGUUUUUCUCUCUUGGAUGUUCAAGAAGUUCUGGAAAACAGAUUUGAAUUCGAGUCUAUCAAUAAUCGAUACUCAAUUUGGAAAGCAUCGACAUUGCAAUAUGCACAACCAUAUGUAAUUCAAACAUUUUUUAAUAGUAUUGAUGGUGUAAUCAAUAAAUAUCUUACUAGACUAAUUCAUGAUGCACAUUAUAAACAAAUGUGUCAAUCUGUAUGCUAUCGCGCAUGUCAAGUACCAAUAUUAGAAGCUUUGUUAUUUGAUGAUGAUUCAUUUGAACUAUUUUUUGAACAGGAACCCAGUGAUGAUCUUGAAAUUCCAGUUGAAGCAGAUGAAGAUCGAGAACUUAACUUACAGUCCUUAAUCAUGAUGUCUUCAAAGCAAAUCUCAAAAAAUCGAUUAAAGUAUGGUGCUUUAAUGGGCGAAGCAAAAAAAGCUAUUCAAUAUGCGAUACAGGACAAUGAUGAUGACUUAAUGCAAUUUAUAAAGGAAUUUAAUAAACGAAAGGAAGAUCAACAAAUUCAAGCUAAAUUAAUUAGACAGCAAGAGUCUCUGAAUAAACAAAAAUUGACUACACCAAAUAACUGA